AAGGAUUGUAUGGAUGGAAGUGAUGAAUUUUGUCUUCCUGGUCAAAUUGAAUGUGGCAGUCAAUUUUGUGCAGAUUCCAUUCAUCUGGUUGAUUGUCUUCUUUUGAGUUCAAAUUCAAACUGUACUACAAAAAAUAAAAUGGAAGGUGUUGGAUCUAUUCCUUCCUUUUGUGAAUUUUUAAAUGCAUCAACUCGCCGUCGUCUUUGUCAUUUACAUAACUCAAUUGCUUGCAGAGGGUAUGGUCAAUGUAUAUUAACCAGAUGGCUUAUGGAUGGGAAAAAGGAUUGUUUGGACGGUUCUGAUGAGGAUCCGGGUUAUGUGGGUUUGUUCAAUACAAGCUUUGACCGUCCAUUUUUGUCAUUGUCAGCUACCUCUAAUAAUCUAGAAAGAUUAACAACUCAUUCAACUAGUACAAAAGCAAUUGUCGGGUAUACUAGCAAUAGUUUCACCAAUAUUCAUCAACUUGUGUGGCCUCAACGUGGAAAAAUUUUAAAUCCUAUAAAAAACACAAAUAAUAAUGUUGAACCAUCACAACAACAAAAACUUAGAGAAAAUAUUUUUGUGACAACUCCAACUUAUCCUUUUGAAAAAAUAUUUACUUCCUCAUCAAAAUCAACAGAAUUGAAUGUCGAGGAUGAUAGAAAAUUUGCUGGGAAAAGUGAAGAGGAAUCAAAAUUACAAGUAGAAAAAUCAAAAAAUAUUGAAAUUUCGGAGCCUAAAAUGACUGAAAAACAAACGGCAAUAACAGAGACUUCUACAGCAAUAACAAAAAGUUUUGAAGGAGAAACUACAACAACAGUGCCUGCAAUAAAUAAUUUUAUUAGUAUAACAACAUUAGCAACAGAAUCUACUACGAAAGAAAUUGAAAAUGUGGAGCUUUUGUCAACUAAAUCAAUUGCUAUUAAUGUUGAGACUACAAAAUCAGAUGAAUUAUUAACAACUAGCAAGUCCGACGAAGAAAAUGAGAAAGAGAAAAGGUUGAAUUUUUUUCAAAUUUUAUGGAUUUCUGAUACUUCCCCCAUACUUAAGUCUCCAUUAAUCUCCAUUUAA